AUGCCUCAGGAUAUGCCCCCACAGGGGGGCUAUGCGCCUGUCCAGUACAAGCGCAACGUCCCUGCCCGUGGCUUCCGCCCUGUCACCUACCUCGUCGGAAUGCACCUCGUCAUGGCCUACGGUUACUACAAGCUCUUCCACGGUGUCCGCGAACAACAUGAACUUGCCCGUGAGAAGAUGUGGUCCCGCCUCCACUUGGUUCCUCUCCUUCAGGCCGAAGAAGACCGUGACCAGGUCCGCAGACACUUUGCCGACAAGGCCAGAGAAAAGGAGCUCUUGGGCAGCGAACAAAAGGUCUACAACUCUGACCGAUUCAUCCGCCCUACAUUCGUCUAUACCCCAUCCCAAGUCACUCAAUAA